GGACUUGUUAUGACAGAAGGAGCAAAGUGGUCGAAGCUACGAAAACUGGCCAACCAUGCAUUCUAUGCAGAAAGCUUAAAGGGUAUGAUUCCAGCCAUGAUUGCAAGUGUUGAGAAUAUGCUGGAAAAUUGGAGAAUGUAUGAAGGAAAGGAGAUAGAGGUGUCCAAAGAGUUCAUGGUUUUCAGUUCAGAAGUGAUUUCAAGAACAGCUUUUGGGAGCAGUUACUUGGAAGGGAAGAACAUCUUCGAUAUGCUGAUGAAGCUGGGGUUUCUUAUAUUCAAGAAUGCUGACAAAGUUCGACCUUUUGGAAUCGA